ACAUGACUGAAAAUGUUUUAGGAAUAGAACAGGAAGAAACGACACCAAAAAUAAAUAAGAAAAAAAAUAGAAAAAAAAAAUGCAUCUGAGCGAGAACGAAGGCAUAGAAGGCAACACGUUCGUAGUGACCGGCGGUCUUGGGUUUGUGGGUUCGGCUCUGUGCUUGGAGCUCCUCCGACGAGGUGCGCGCCAUGUCCGCGCCUUUGACCUCCGAACCACAUCUCAGUGGUCCCACGAUCUCCUCACCCACGGCGUUCACAUCAUCCAAGGAGAUAUUGCCCAAAAAAAGGAUGUUGAAAAGGCUCUACGCGGGGUGGAUUGUGUGUUCCAUCUCGCUUCGUUUGGGAUGUCGGGAAAAGAAAUGAUGCAAUUCAGCCGUGUUGAUCAGGUAAACAUAAACGGAACCUGCCAUAUCUUGGACGCAUGCCUUGAGUUUGGAAUUCAAAGACUUGUCUAUGUGAGCACCUACAAUGUUGUGUUUGGUGGGAAGGAGAUUGUCAAUGGGAAUGAGACGUUACCGUAUUUUUCUAUAGAUGAACAUGUUGAUCCAUAUGGCCGUAGCAAAUCGAUCGCCGAGCAGUUGGUCCUGAAGAGCAAUGGCAGGCCCUUUAAGAAGAAGAAUGGGAAAUGUCUUUAUACCUGUGCCGUUCGGCCGGCUGCUAUUUAUGGACCUGGUGAAGAAAGGCACUUUCCGAGGAUAGUUUCUCUGGCAAAGCUAGGCCUGCUGCCUUUCAAGAUUGGUGAUUCAAGUGUAAAAGGAGACUGGAUUUAUGUUGAUAACCUAGUACUUGCGCUAAUAUUGGCAAGCAUGGGACUUUUAGAUGACAUUCCCGAUAAGGAGAGACGUCUAAUAGCUGCUGGGCAGGCUUACUUUGUAUCUGAUGGGUCUCCUGUCAACAGUUUCGAGUUCCUUCGACCUCUUCUUCAAAGCCUGGAUUAUGACCUGCCAAGGGCGUCCUUAUCUGUCCCUCAAGCUUUGCUCUUGGGAAAGAUUUUCUGGGCAAUCUAUACGAUAUUAUAUCCAUGGUUGAAUCGACGGUGGCUUCCUCAACCCUUGAUCCUUCCUGCUGAAGUAUACAAGGUUGGUGUUACCCAUUAUUUCUCCUUCCUUAAAGCCAAGCAGGAACUUGGGUAUGUCCCGAUGCUGACGCCUCGAGAGGGCAUGGCUGCAACCAUUUCAUACUGGCAACAGAAGAAGAGGAAAACUUUUGAUGGGCCUACUAUUUAUGCAUGGCUAUUCUGUGUGAUUGGAAUGACCUCACUAUUUUGUGCUGCUUAUUUACCUAACGUGGGAUCGGUGCCGUUUAUCAGAGCAAUUAGCAUUUUCUUGUUCAGAUCAAUGUGGAUAGUGAGGAUGGUGUUCCUUGUAGCCACGGCACUACAUGUUGGGGAAGCUAUAUAUGCAUGGCAUCUAGCAAAGAGGGUGGAUCCUGAUAAUUCGAAAGCAUGGUUUUGGCAGACGUUCGUGCUUGGGUUCUUUUCGUUGCGUUUUCUGCUGAAAAGAGACCGAGAAAGUGAGCGUGUGAGGAUGUAGUCCACUCUCGUAAGCGAUCCUGUAUUUAUAAUCACAAGUUUUCAUGCAAAUCGGGGGAGGAAUAUGUUUCGGAAACAUACCUCCAAAGAGGACAUUGUAAGAGGGAGAUUUUAAGGGUACUGUAAGUGAUGUUCAGGCGGUUCAUUUUGAAGGAGUUGAAUACUCGGAAAAUUCAAACUCAAAAUCGAAGAGAUCUUCACGUCUGAUGUUAUUAUAUUAUAUGCACCUUCGUUUUUAUUAUAUUAAUACUGUUAGAGGAAUUUUAACAUUAAAAAAGGUCACGUAACAGAUUUUAUUCUGCUUUUUGUUAAUGCGAUAUCGAUA